AUGUCUGUUAAAUCAAUUAUUCAACAAUCAGGAAUUAUUUCCAAUUUACAACGUAUGAAACACAUAGGAAUCGUUGAUAUUACAACAGUCGGUGCAUGUUUAUGUGCCAAUGAAAUUGUUGCACAAGCGGCGAAGAUCGACUCAUCAGGAAAACAUCCAGAAUUUACAAUGCAUGCUUUUUCUUAUGAUCAAUACAAAGAUUCUAUCUGUAGAAAAGAUUGGAGUAGUUUGGCCGACAAAAUAUGUGAAUCGAUUAGAUUAUUGGAAAAAAUCGGUGCUGAUUUUAUCAUUAUUCCAUCAAAUACUCCUCAUUUUGCUAUUGAUCUUAUUGAAAAGAAUUCACCAUUGAAAGUUGUUAAUUUAAUUAAAAUUGUGGCUGAUGAAUGUCAAAGAAAAGGUUUCUCCAAAGUUUUAGUCCUUGGAACUAAACUUACAAUGCAAGGUGGAUUAUACAAUGAAGUUCUAAAUUCAAAGAACAUCACUCCGAUGAUUCCAACAGAUAAUGUAUGUGAUAAAAUUGAACAUUUAAUAAGAAAGGAAAUUAUUCCAUCACAGAUAAAUUCAACUACAGUAGAAGAUGUUCAACAAGAUAUAAAAAAAUAUGAUUGUGAUGCGGUGAUUCUUGGAUGUACAGAAUUACCUGUAGUAUAUAACGAAAAUAAUCUUGGAAAACCUAUUGUCGAUACAACUCGUUUACUUGGUCAAUAUGCUUUAAAACUUGCCUGUGAUGAUAAUUUCUCACCGAAAUGA